GAUUUGGAGAUGUCGGUGCCGUCUCCACGCGCCUGGUGCAGGGGAGAAAAGUUUUUAGAGUCCUAAAGGGAAACCAACUUAAUGGACAAAAUGUUUCGAUGAGCACUGAUCCAUAAUCUAGCCUGGACAAUCAGCCCACCCUGAUUGGACUGUCUCUCCAAACGAGUUGCUGCCUGCAGCCGCCGUGGGAGUCGCCAUGGAGACGGUGGUGAUCGUGGCCAUUGGGGUGUUGGCCACCAUUUUCCUGGCCUCCUUCGUUGCCCUGGUGGUGGUGUGCAGACACCGCUACUGCCACCCUCACGACCUGCUGCACCACUUCGACUCCAAGCCCACAGUGGAUCUGAUCGGAGCGAUGGAGACCCAGAGCGAGCCAUCAGAACUGGAGCUGGAUGAUGUGGUCAUCACAAACCCCCACAUCGAGGCCAUCUUGGAGAACGAGGACUGGAUAGAGGAUGCCUCUGGAUUGGUCUCUCACUGCAUUUCUAUCUUAAAGAUAUGCCACACAUUGACUGAAAAGCUUGUUGCUAUGACAAUGGGCUCAGGGGCAAAAGUCAAAGCACCCGCCAGCCUGAGUGACAUCAUCACUGUGGCUAAACGCAUCAGCCCGAGAGUGGACGACGUGGUCAGAUCCAUGUACCCUCCUCUGGAUCCAAUCCUCCUUGACGCCAGAGCCACUGCUCUCCUCCUUUCAGUCAGCCACCUGGUGCUGGUCACCCGAAACGCCUGUCACAUGUCCGGCAGUAUGGACUGGAUCGACCAGUCACUCCAUGCGGCCGAGGAUCACAUGGUGGUUUUGCGUGAGGCAGCGCUGGCCUCUGAACCUGAACGAAGCAUACCUGGAGCAGACGCACAGAAAGAGCAGGCCAUCUAGAGCAAACACAGAUAAUAACAUAGACCAAAAAAAAAAAACGCUGCAGCAGGGCCUGAAAAAUGUCUCCACAUGUAUCCUUGAGAUGCCUCCAUUCACAAAUCCUGAACUCUGCUAGUUAAAAGGCACAUAUCCUGCAAGAUGGUGUUGAAAAAUCAAGAAAGUAGGCUGUGCUGAGGGAUGCAAGGACAUCUUAUAAAAAGAAACGGUCCUGGAUUUUUAUUUUUAUCACAAAAAACUGCUCCUGACUUUCGCAGUCACAUAUCUGUAAAGUCAAACAUUCAAAAACAGGUGGUUUUCUUUGUAUGUAACCAAACAGAUCUUUAAAAAGUGGGUUUGUUGCAGGUGUAAGCUGCCUCCAAGUGAAAGGCUUUUAAAAAUUUCUUCCAGAGUGCGCCAUCGCCCAGCGGUGGGCCUAAAUCCAAUCUCGCCGUCACAUGGAGGCUUAGUCAGCUAAUCCAUUCUGAGGAAAAUAACACCCAGUUAGCCAGUGAACCAAAGGGGCUCCAACUCAGCGGACUAAUAGAAGACCAACCUGACGUAAUUACAAUCUGUUAUCAGCAUGACUUGUGGAUGUUCAAAAACAUCCCACAGUUACUUUUAGUUAGAAAUCACCCAACUGGGAGUUUUUAGACACAGAUAGCGUUUGUUUUAGCCACAUCAGCAGAAGAUUAAACACUUUUCCAGUUGGGUUAGGCCCUCUUGUGCCAUUUCUGCAUGUUAUCAUGUUUAAUUGAGACUGGUAUCACGGAACUUGAGCUUGUAAGUUAAAAUCGACCAUACUGAAACAUCUCAGUAUUGACCAGGUCAAUUCACUUUAUCACAAGCAGAGUCACAGUUGGUCAUGAACCAAGCAAAAUCAGAAACACUGCAGCAAUCAUUUUUUCUGUAGCACUUGUCAAGUUUGGUAAGUUCAGUUCUUUUGUUUCCCUUUGGACAUUUGUCAGCCUAAGCUUUCAGUUUAGGACUAUUAGCAUGUGAUUGAAUGCUCCUACCAAACUUCAGCAUGUCAGCAUUGUCACUGUGAGUACCACAGAUUUAUUCAAGUAAACUCAGGUCAUAUGAAAGCUGUUCAAAGGCAAAUCUAGCAAUAAAAGUGCAAUUAUAUUACUCCAAUUCUCAAAAAAGUUUACUUAUAGUGUGGUCCAUAAAGAAAUCACACAAGCUUUUAACUUUUAGCCACAGAAAAUAAUUGGAUUUGAUUUAAAUCUGCUAAAUGUGACUACCAGGGCUACCACCAGCCAAAUGCAGGUGGAUUUUAGCCAUGGUAGGUAGUGCAGUCUCUACCACUAGACACUUUGGCAGAUUGAAUCUAUCAGACACAUCCUUGGCUCCAUUCUAACUGGAAUUGGCUGUUAGCACCAAUGUUUGUGAACAUUUUUACAGUGGUAGACUCUUACCACAUUAAGGCUGCUCUGUGCAUAAAGGGGGCAUUUUUUUUAAAUGCCAAGUGCUAGAUUCAUGGCCAACAGAUUUUUUUGGUCUAUUUUUGUGUUUCCUUCUGGUUGGAUGGGCAAAAAUACUUAAGGAAGGAAGGGUUGCACAUCUAGUUCAAAGUCAACCUUAAUGGCUACUGAGCAAAAAAGUUGAUGUCAAAACAAUAAUGACUUAAAGGGCUGUUAAAGUGUUUUAAAAGGAGAUGGAUGAACCUCACAUGGUCCACUUUGAUAAGCUAGCAUAAAAGCCCAGACUUCCUUGCUGGUUCCAUCAACUAAAAGCCUAUGGGUUUAACUGGGUUUUAAAAUCCGUUUCAAAACUCCCAAAGUAAAGAUGCUAUGCUAGGCUAUAAAGGAACAACAAUAUAGUCACCUGACUUCAAAACCCCUAAGCUUCUAAUUUUAUCUCUUACCUCAUCUGUAAAAACGGUCUUCUAACCAACAAAUUGAGUCACCUUUAGUAAGAUGUGAAAAAGCUUCAAAAAUCACAAGUGGCGAAUUUUCAGAUUUAUGUCUUGGAAAAAAAUAUUUAAAUCUCUUAUGCUUCUGUUCACAUUAGACCGUAUUUCAGGCAACCUGACAUGCCAAACCGCUAACUCACCUCUUGGUAUUGACAAUCCAUCCAGGUUCUUUGCCAAACAACGCCAGCCCCACCUCUUUCUGAGUGAAACAACUCCAUCAGAAUGAAUGGCAGUAAAUGAGAAAAAUGGGGUCUUAAGAGAUUUAAAAGCUUAAAUGACAAAAAAGUUAAAUACUUAUUUGAAGCCUGCGUUCUGUAGCUGGUUAGUUGAAAUGUUAAAAUAAAAUGACUUCUCUGAACUCAGCAUCAUAAAAUUAGAAAAUAAAGUUACAGGUGUAUGAGUAUCAUUUCAGAUUUUUCCGAACAGACAACUUCAUAUUUAUACCCAGAUGUCACAAAAGAACAUCAAAUACUUUAUGUGUGUGUUUCAACCAUGUGAAAUGAGUUGGAUCGAAACUUUAAAGACAUUGUUGAUUCAUUACCUCACAUAUGAACAGUGGGUUAACAGGCAGGUAGACUGCAGUGUGACAGCUUGCUUUAAGUCAGUAGGAACACAACACCAGGAGUACUUUUGACUGCUGUAUUUCUCUAGUUCAGCUCAGAGCCACAAAGCUCUUCUUCGACACUCCUUCAUUUGAGGAUUAAAAAAACUUGCUGUAAGUUAAAGUUCUUAAAUUGUUUGAAGUACAAAAUACAACACAGCAGUGUCUGUGUUGCUACCGCAGUUUGUUACUCUACCACCAUUCAGUCAAAGGGUUUUUUUUUUUCCCAAAUGGGGCAGUGCCACUCCGGAGAGCGGGAAAUAACAUUGGAUUGCUCUCAUCAAUUAGUACUCAUACUGCACCAGUCAAUGUUGAAAUGAUCAGCAUUUUAUUCAUUAUUUUGUGUAGUCUUUGGAUGAUGUCUGUAUGCCACUCUUAGAAAGGAAUGUUUUUUGUUUUUGUUUUUUUUUAAAUGUGGCUCUUAACAGCUCCUGAGAUAUGAGCUUUUGUUUGGAAUCCAUUUUCUAUUUCUCCCACUUAUUUGUGAUCAGCAGGACCUGAUAUGUUUAAAGGUUCAGCCUUGUUUUUGAACAGGAAGUAGGUUUUUAUAACCAAUAUAAUGCCCAUAAAUCUCCCGAAGGUCCUGUUUCUGCAGAAAAUCGGUUUUAGAGCAUCUGUUUUGUCGGCCAGUUUGUCAGUUGCUUGGGGUCUUCAGUCAGUAAGAGAUAUUGUCAGUCAUUGAGAGAGGUCAUUUUUCUGGUUAUUUCGAUGAUGGACAGAGAGGACCUAAAGGUCUGAAUUUCUUGGAAAUUUUCCUUUUGAAAUUCUACACAAAUAUCGUAAAAUUUCAAGGGAAUUACCUAAAAUUUAUAUAAAAAUUCAUGAAAAAGUACUCCAUAAAAGGUACCCAAAAAUUUCUUCAGAUAUUCCCUAAAUGGUAUAGUGAAACUUUAUCAUAAAGCCUCAAAAUUUCUAUAAAAUUUGCAAAAAAAAUCCCCAAAAAUGUAAAUAGAUUAACAAAAGCACUCCCCAAAAUUCUAUGAUAGUCACAGAAAAUCCCCUCAAACAUCCAACCAAAUUCCCUGAAAUUUACAUGAAAGCAAUUUUAAAUUCCCAAGCAAAUACCUACAAAAAAUUCUAAUCAAAUUCCUAAAAUUUACAAAACUUUUUCCCAAAUUCCAAUGAAAAUGCAUAAAACUUUCCAAAAUAAUUACCCCAAACAUUCAAACAAAUUUCCCAAUUUCCCAUGAAAAUGCAAACGAUUUCUCAGCAAAUUCCAUGCAACAAACCUCCAAUGAAACCCUCCAAAAUAUACAAACAUAUCCUCAAAAUUUCCUUGGGAAUUUCCAAGCAAAUUCACAAAUACAUCCUUUCAUUCAUUUUUCCAAUAUUCUCCCAACAUUUCAAGCAGAUAAAAACCAACUUCAACAGACAUGACAGACUAUUAUCUAAAAAAUCUUUUAGCAAAUUCUUACGAUGUUGUUUGAAAGCCAAAAUGUCUUCAUUUUUUACAUACAGGCUCUUAGGAGGUUAAAGUGCUUGAGGAAAUGUGUUUUUUGUGUUGAUUUUGGCGCCCUCUCUGGACAAAGUGUUAUCUCUUGACAAAAAUGACACUCUACUUCCUUAAAAUGUAUAACUAAAUGUAGCUCCUUGCUAUGAAAAGUGUACACAGUCAGUUUCUGCAGCAGGAUUUUCAGUGUAUUACCUGAACUGCAUCAGUGUUUAAAUGCAACUAUACAGAAAAAUCUGUGCUGUUACUGAUGAUGUUGGGCUUCUGUAACUUGUAGAGAUGUUUCAGUAGCAUUUCAGCCUGUCAAUUAUCCAGUUAAAAACUCCUCAUAAUAGCUAUGAAAUCCAAGUGCUAUUUUUUAGCUACCAGGAAAAGAAUUACACAAAUAUCAGUAAAUUGAAGGAUUUUAAGUUCAUUACUAUUUACUUCAAUAGCUGUCGCUGGUAAAAAUAUAGAUUUUUUUUUUUGUUCAGACUAUUGAGGUUGUAAAGAAGGAGAAACAAUGUGUCUGCAUGUGCUAUUGUGUUGUAAUGAAGUUUUGACCAGCGUGUUGAUUGAGGUGAAGCAAAAUUAGCGUGAUGUUCAGGCUAUUAUUGAAGCAUGUGUACCUGCUCCUCCAUGCAGAGCUAAUACUGAAUCCCAGAGGGGUCUUAAUAAGGCAUUAAACAGCCACAAUAAACACAUGGCACAAAGCUUUGGACACACAGGGCUGGC